AUGUCAAUAUCAGCUUGUCGAGGGUCAUGUUUUUCCCUCACCAAGCGAUCGCUAGUGGCGCUCAUGGCAAUGCUUCUCGUUGGGGCUGUUAUGGGUGCUGAUGUUUUUGAUACCCCCUCGGGUCGGCCGGCGUCGCUGGUGGGAGGUCAGGUUGACGGUACCAAGUGUGAGGUUGAGGCAGUUCAGCGGGCCAACUCGGCACAGCUCCAUUCCAUACUCGAGGAGUUGGCUAACACUACGUACUUCCGUUUGGUCCGGGUAGCUAUGGAUGAAGACUGCGCCUUCACUUGGGGAGACGCCAACAAAGACGAAGUUAUGUGUGGGUCGACCCCUCCGGGUGGCGCUGGAGCUGCUUUCGGGUUUGACACCUCGUUGAGCCCUGCAGCUUCUGGUGGUCCUUCACUGUGUAGUAUUGAACCCAGCGGCAAUGAGGUUAACCCCUUUAUCAGUGAAUCUGAGUCCAAUGUGAUCGAGGACGAAUUCGAGGACGACUUGGAUGACCUAGAUGAUGACGAGAGUAUCAAGCCGGACUUCUGGUUCGAUAUUUGUCGUCCCCCUAGGGCCAGCGACAAGCUUGACUACGUUAACUUACUGCUGAACCCCGAGCACAAUACUGGUUAUAAUGGUUCUCACAUAUGGGAGGCCAUUGAUGCCGAGAACUGUGUGAGCAUAGGUCGGGGCUUAGGCACUGAUGGCUACUGUUAUGAGGAGCGUGUACUGCAACGACUGCUCUCGGGCAUGCACGAGGCGGUCACUAUACAGGUCUUGGCCAACUACUAUCCACCCAAAAAGGGGGAAGUUGCGUGGAAGCCGAAUAAUGAGAAGUUUAUGGCUACAGUGGGCAAGCAUCCAGAGUGGCUGAAGAACCUCAACUUUGCUUAUUUGGUCACCUUGAGGGCCCUGCACAAGGCCAAACCUGUCCUCUACAACUGGGAGUACUCCACUGGUGAACCGGUCGAUGACGAGAAUACUCAAAUGCUGAUGAAACAUCUGCUGGACGCCUCUGAGAUGAAGCUCUGCACGCCUGUUUUCCAAGGCUUCGAUGAGGACAGUCUCUUCCCAGUGGACAGGGCGGAUAGACGCCAGCUAGCGGAGCAGUUCAAGUCGGUCUUCCAGAAUAUCACUGCUUUGACCAACUGUGUCCGAUGCCGUCGUUGUCGCCUACACUCGAAGGUCACUCUGCUGGGCUUGGGUACAGCCUUGAAGGUCCUGCUCACCCCGGACGUGUCUCUGCUGCCCUCGGCCCUCUCUCGAGAUGAAGUCGUCGCUCUGGUGAACACUGUGCAUAAGUUUUCCCAUGGCCUGAUGGAGGUGGGUCGACUCACAAACCUGUACCUCGAGGACCAGAGAAAGCUGGUGACACGCGUGUCACGGCCAGCGGCGGCUUUCAGCAAUUCUGGCGCUUCUGUGAUGGAACUUGCUUUGUCGCACGUCGCUGAGCUCCACCUCAACCAACGUGACGAAGACCUGCUCGUGGACGCUAUUGUCGAUGAGGAUAAAGCAGUGCUAUCACUAGCGGCCACCUUCCCCGCUGAGGCCUUCUGUCGUCAUGCCCUGAGGUACAUCAGGUCCAAGGUCACUACUGGAAAGACCACGAGUCGGAAAUACGACGUUGUUGUUGUGGGUGGUGGCCUUGCUGGUAUGAGCGCUGCUAUAGCCUCGGCCGAUCGUGGUGCUCGAGUUUUACUCCUGGACAAGUCCAAGCACUUGGGUGGCAAUAGUGCUAAGGCCUCGAGCGGGAUCAAUGUGAGGAUGGAUACCACGGAGGAGUGCUAUGAGGCCUUCCUCAACGAUACGCUGCAGAGUUGUGAGAGUGGCCUUGGCCCAUGUGGUCAUCCAGAGCUUGCCAACGUAUUGGUAAAUGACUCGCUGGACACGGUGAAGUGGGUCCAGGAGCGGUUUGGCGUUCCUCUGUCGACCCCAGUAAGACUGGGAGGUCACUCUAGGGCACGGACGGUGCGGCCCCAAGGGGGCAUCAUUGGCGCGGAGUUGACAGCUGCUGGUUCGAAAGUUGCCCAUAGCCUGUCGAACAUAGUUGUCGUUAACAGUGCUCAGCUUACUGGUCUUAUAGUAGACCGUAGGGUCGUUAGAGGCGUCACGUACACCGUCGGGAUCAACGAGGAAGAGGUAGAGUCCCUCGGUGACUCUGUUGUUUUGGCAACUGGUGGUUUUGGUUUUGAUGUGUCUGCCGACUCCCUGAUGGCCCAGUAUAGGCCGGACCUGUUGGACUUCCCUACGACUCUUGGUCCUCACACUACAGGCGAUGGCAUCAAGAUAGCUGUACGGGACGCUGGUGUUGGUCUCAGGGACAUGGAGCAGGUCCAACUGCACCCUACAGGGUUCAUCGAUCCCAAGCACCCCGAUGCCAGGACCAAGGUGCUCGCAGCUGAGAUCCUCAGAGGUGUCGGUGGAGUCCUGCUGGACCAACAUGGUCAGCGUUUUUGUGAUGAGCUCGGCACACGGAAGUAUGUUACGGCGAAGAUGCUGGAGAGGGCGGCUGAGACGGGCGGCUCAGCGAGGGCCUUCAGCCUCCUAAUACCGUAUGAUGCGGUCCAUGGGCCGGCGGAGCGACACAUUACGAUGUACAAAUCUCGAGGCCUGUUGCGGGAAGUGGACUUUCGUGGCGCGGUGAAGUUUGUAGGUGGUGACUCUUGGAAGGACUCUGUGCAGGCCCCCUCGAAUGGUCGUCAUUACUUUGUCGGAAAGGUCACACCUGUUAUCCACUACACCAUGGGGGGCAUCAGCAUCGACACCAAUGGGCAUGUCCUUGACACCAACGGUGCCGUCAUUAAUGGUCUUUGGGCCGCUGGGGAGGUGUCUGGUGGCGUACAUGGACGUAAUCGUCUAGGUGGAAACUCUCUGCUGGAAUGUGCCGUCUUUGGCAAGAGGAUUGGUGACCGUGUGCCCAUUGAGGGUGAACCUUUUACUACGACCAACCCCCGACCACAACAGUUGGAUGGCCGACAAGCGUCUCUAGGGACCAUCACUUCACUAGAGCUCGCUGAACACGGCUCUCCGAGUGAUUGCUGGAUUUCCUUGUACGGUUUGGUCUAUGACUUUAGCGACUACUCUAGUGAGCAUCCUGGUGGGCCUCCUGCUAUAGAGGAUAGUUGUGGUAGAGACGCCACUGAGACCUUUCGGCAGGUCCACACGGCCAGCUUGGUUCAGGACAUGGGUUUUGAGCCUAUUGGAAAGCUCGAGGAACAUUCUGCCGAGUCUAGUGGUAAACACUCUGGCCGUGCUGAUGAUGAACUGUGA